AUGACUGCACCAAAACCUACCACUUCAACAUCGACCUAUAUCGACCUAGAUUUCCUCACAUCCGAAGACUUUUCGCCCUAUGCUCACGCCAACAACCUUGUCACUGCGACCAAUAAUCCUUCCGAUCCCACGAUCGACCUCACAACACCGCUAUCCCGAGUCCUCUUUGAUCUCCAAGAAAUAGACUCCCACAUUCACACCCUGACGUCCCGGUCAGCCCUGGACAUACUCACGUACACCUCCUCCCAAAAUGCUGCCGCUCAACGGAUUCUCUCCCGUGUCGAAGACGAGCGUGUUCGUCUGGUCUCCAGUUAUGAACGUUUAGAGAAAGAAGUGCUGGUACGCCAUCAACGAGCGGUCGACGCCAAAACCACGGCUCAACGAAGCUGGGAAGUUCUUAGACUCGGACGCGGCGUGCAAAGAAUCCUUGGACUCGCCAGGCAAUUUGAGAUGAUCCUGGCCGAAUCAGGGCUUGGAGGCGGCACGAGGCCCGGGAAAGAAGACCAUCACGCCCUCGUCCGCGCAACGCUUUCGAUCCUCGCGUUCCGUGAUGCAAUGAGCGGGAAUGAUGGCAAUGAACUCGGGCGGAUCAACCUCGUCAAAAUAUUGCGUGGGAGAGUCUUCGAGGAUGGGGAGGCAAGGAUUCUCGACUUCGCCCGGCGGGUAGUCCGAGAAUAUUCCAUGAGCGCACUCCCAUCAGCGCCGACUAGUGGAGGAUCAGCGUCAGGUCCUACACUGCGCGAGGCGGAAGACAGUCGUGCCCGGUUUACGAGUGCAGUCCACAUUCUCUAUCUUCUCUCACCAGCGCCAAGGAUCGACGGUGAGAAGAUGACGAAGCAAGACUUCGAGCCCGAAUACUUACUUCGGGCGUUGCAAGGCUAUCUACAAACCGCCAUCACAUCAAGUUCCGCAUCAAUCGGAAGGGCGCUGGGCCAAUUACCAACGCUGGACAGAGCCUUGUUGGAAACGAGUGCAAGAUGUCAAAACGUAGCUGCCCUGGAAUCUCUCCUGCGUGGAAUAUGUGCCCCUGUACACCCUUUGCUCCGGGAGGAACCAAAGAGCGAUGUAGAGGAUAAUGACGAAGAUGAUGUCACAGACACGACAAGGGAGUCUUCUUCUGACACAUUUCUCUCUCUCCUUCUCAAUGCUCUCGAUACCGCAUCCCUUCCGUCAUACUUUUGGCGCUCUCUGGCGUCGUCAUUAUCUCCUCGUGUCGCUGAGAUCUUGAACAGAGGAGGAGUUGCUGCCCGCACGCUUCGAAGUCAACGCGACACUGUUCGGGCCGAGAUACGCGAAUGUGUACUACGAGGAUCCAAGAUGCCGAGCAGUGUUGUCUUGGGAGAUGCGAGGGCGGCAGCUAAGAGUGAGGAAGUGGUGGAGAAUUGGGAAAGGGAGGCUGCGGUCAUGGUCGGAAGUGUCGCGGGUGUCCUGGGACGAUAG